AUGCUACCGGUGUCCAACGGCGUCGUUUGGACGGAAGGAGAAGAAGAUGAAGAAAUUUCAUGGCCAAGAAACAAUGAAAUCGAGACAUGUAAAGAUAAAGAUAAGAAUGCUUCUGCAUCUAGCUUUACGUCCAUGCUCGAAAACGAGUGGUUCAUUAACAAUGCCAUGAACCCACCAAAUUCUGACCUCCAUAUGAAUCCCCCUUCCCAACUACCAGAAUUUAGCGGCCUUUUGUUCAAUCCACUGGAGGAGGAGUCUUCAUGUUCACCGUCGCUUGACCCAUCACAGUCACAUUUGCAGUCCUUUUUUCCAUCCAAAUCCUGUUUUCCGUCCCUCUUUAACUUUGUUUGGAACCAACCUUUUGACAGUGGCUUUGAUUUUGCCGGGGACAUGAAUUUCUUCGCUAACCAGAGUGCGAGUUCUGGUUCUGUUUUGAUGGGUGACUUCGGUCCACCGGAAUCGAGUUCUGAAUUUCCGACAAAUACUCGUUUACAUUCGUUUUCCGACUACAACACAACCAUUGGUGGUGGUUCUGAAGUUUUUGGUUUCGAGGAUUACGGGAGUGCUCUGUUUCCUAGCAGGUCUAAGGGGUUGAGACCACUUCAAGGGUUUCCACCAGUUGGAUUACAGCCUACCCUCUUUCAGAAGAGAGCUGCCUUGCGGCAGGGCUCUAGUGGAGUCGACGAAUUGAGGAAUUUGGAGCUACCCAGCUUCAAAAGUGGUGAGAGUUCCAUGAGGAUGGAGGGGAGUUGGGAGAAGAGAGAUGAUGCUGGGGAAAUGGAAUUGGAUAAGAAGAGGAAAAGGAACCUUGACUAUUAUGAUUCGGAUGAGCCUACUGAGAAUACCUAUAACAUUGGAGAUGGGAAUGGGAUUAUUGGUGGAAACAAUUCGAAUGCCAAUAGUAGUUCUCCAGUUGGAGAUCAGAAGGGCAAGAAGAAGGGUCUACCGGCCAAAAAUUUAAUGGCGGAGAGGCGGAGGAGGAAGAAACUCAAUGACAGGCUUUAUAUGCUUAGGUCUGUUGUGCCCAAAAUAAGCAAGAUGGACAGAGCUUCUAUCCUUGGGGAUGCCAUCGAUUAUUUAAAAGAGCUUCUGCAACGGAUAAAUGAUAUCCACAAUGAGCUUGAACCUACACUGCCAGGAUCUGUGAUGCCACCUUCUAUGAACUUCCAUACUUUAUCACCGACCCCUGCUACACUUCCCUAUCGCGUCAAAGAAGAACUCUGUUCAAGUUCUUUGCCAAUCCCUAAAAACCAACCUGCAAAGGUUGAGGUGAGUAUGAGAGAAGGGAGGGGUGUCAACAUACACAUGUUCUGUGCACGUAGAGUGGGUCUCUUACAAUCGACUUUGAAGGCUCUGGACAACCUUGGGCUGGACAUUCAGCAAGCCGUCAUCAGCUGUUUCAACGGAUUCGCUUUGGAUGUUUUCCGAGCUGAGCAAUGCAGGGACGUGCAGGACGCUUUGCCGGAGCAGAUAAGAGCUGUGCUUCUGGAGUUGGCUGGGUUUCAUGCUGCGAUAUAG